UCUGCUCACAAGUCACAACUUUAGACUUCCAUCACUGCUCUGCUUCAGCCAUGGCCUCCUCUGUCUGUUCUAAUGCUAUCAAUUUCUUGCUCUUAUUGGCAUUAGCCAGUGUCUCCUUCGCUGGUAACUUCUACCAGGAUGUUGAUAUCACUUGGGGUGAUGGUCGUGCUAAAAUUCUCAACAAUGGCGAGCUUCUGACCCUGUCUCUUGACAGGUCCUCUGGUUCAGGCUUCCAAUCCAAGCAGGAGUAUUUAUAUGGGAAGAUCGAUAUGCAAAUCAAGCUUGUCCCAGGAAACUCUGCUGGAACUGUCACUGCCUACUAUCUAUCGUCGCAAGGGGCGACACAUGAUGAGAUCGACUUCGAGUUCCUCGGUAACCUCAGUGGAGAUCCUUAUGUAGUCCAUACCAAUUUAUACACCCAAGGGAAGGGGGACAGGGAGAUGCAGUUCUACCUCUGGUUUGAUCCCACCAUGGACUUCCACACCUACUCUGUUCUCUGGAAUCCUAAACACGUUGUAUUCUAUGUGGAUGGAACACCCAUUAGAGAGUUCAGGAACAGAGAGUCGUCUGGCGUGGCAUACCCGAAGAACCAACCAAUGAGGGUCUAUUCGAGCCUGUGGAACGCCGAUGACUGGGCCACGAGAGGCGGGCUUGUGAAGACCGAUUGGUCCAAGGCGCCUUUCACCGCAUCAUUUAGGAACUUUACUGCUGUUGGAUGUGUGGGGGGUUCUGGUGCCUCCUCCUGCUCUUCGGCUAACAACACAUGGAUGUGGCAAGAGUUUGAUUCCAACAGUUUGCAGAGACUGAGAUGGGUGCAGCAGAACUACAUGAUUUAUAACUACUGCACUGAUGUGAGGAGGUUCCCUCGGGGGCUUCCUCCUGAAUGCUCUCUAAGUUAAGAGGACCACACUAUGAUCAAUGAAUGUAAAAUGGAUGGUGUAUAUGUUGUGUAUUUUGUUUUCCCUCUCUUCUUUUCUCUGGGCUAAGUUCACUCAUGUAUAUUGAUAGUUACACUGUGAUCAUUGAAUGUAAGAAUGGAUUGUGUAUUUUGUUGUCUCUUUCUUUUUUGGGGGUUCACUCAUGUAUAUUGAUAACAAAGCCAUUCUAAAUAAAAGUUCCUGCAAUAUAUGUUAUUACAGUUCUUUUAUAGCA